ACUGGAGAUUCGGGGGUGUGAGUUCGAAUCUUGGUCAGGUCCUACAUUAUUUAUCCCAUCUCCUGACAUUUAGGGCCGUGACCUACCCCUGGAAUCUGAGCUGAUCUAUGAGGGCAAAGAUCAUUUAAGGAUAUAAUGGCACCUUGGCAUUUCUGAGACAAAUUGUAAAAGACUUGAGGAGACAUGAGGCGUCUGAAUGUAGCAAGUAAGAAGCAGGCCAUCAAGGUUGUGACAGAACUAGAUGCAUUUCCGAAAGUGUUGGAUGAUUGCCAGGAGAAGACGGCAUCCGGAGGAGGAAUUUCCAUAGCGGUGUUUCUGUGUAUUUUCAUUCUGAUUGUGUCAGAAAUAAUAUACUACUCAACAACAGAGCUCAAGUUUGAAUAUAAAGUUGAUACUGGGAUUGAUGGAAAAUUAAAGCUCAACAUAGAUAUGACUGUUGCAAUGAAAUGUCAUGCGAUAGGAGCAGAUGUUCUUGAUGUUACUGGUCAAGAUACACAUGGUUUUGGGGAGUUAAAAUACGAAGAAACUCACUUUGAAUUGAGUCCAAACCAAAGGCACUAUCAUGAGACAGUUCAAGAAAUCAGCGAGUUUCUGAGAUCUGAGUAUCACGCUCUUCAGGAUGUGAUGUGGAUGUCAAGAGGGUUAAUUGCAACAUAUAAAUCUGGGAUGCCUAAAAGGGAGAUUCCAGCAGAGGGGGAACCAGAUGCCUGCCGAGUUUACGGUUCACUUGAGGUCAAUAAAGUGGCCGGAAAUUUUCACAUCACAGCCGGAAAAUCAGUUCCAGUUUUUCCAAGAGGACAUGCUCAUAUAUCCAUGAUGGUACAUGAAAAAGAAUACAACUUUUCCCAUCGAAUUGAUCACUUUUCAUUUGGAGAAACAGUGAAAGGUAUCAUUAAUCCACUGGAUGGAGAGGAGCAAGUCUCAUCUGACAAUUUCCAUGUUUUUAACUACUUCAUAAAAAUUGUUCCCACAGAAGUGCGAACCUACGCAGCAGGAAAUAUUGACACGUAUCAGUUCUCUGUCACACAGAGGAACAGGACAAUAAACCAUAGUAAAGGGAGCCAUGGUGUGCCAGGAAUAUUUGUGAAGUACGACCUUAAUGCACUUAAAAUACGUGUUGUAGAAAAACAUAGACCUUUUAGUCAGUUCCUUAUUCGUUUAUGUGGAAUUGUGGGAGGAAUAUUUGCUGUCUCAGGAAUGCUUCACAACUGGACAGAAUUUUUUGUGGAGGUUGUUUGUUGUAAAUUCAAGCUUGGGAAGUAUGAAACUAAAGACAUCAUUACAAAUAAUAGUGGAGGCUCUGCCCCUGCGUCACUGACAGAGAAUACGUCCAGUAAUCUUCCAAAUGUUAACCUUUACUCCUCCCCCAACAGUUGACCUCAACUUGUUGAAACCAGGAAGGGAAAUUCAUGCCGCUAUGCAGACACAGUGCAGGAAUUAAACCAUCUGUUUUGUUUCAGAAAUAUUCACAAUCUGCUUCUGAAUCAGUUAAUUUUAUCUACUGGUAUGUCAGCCAUUUAUAUUCAAAUCGGCUGCAUUUAUUUUUUUUAAUCUUUGGAUUCCUAGAAGUGUUUGCAUUUUAUAACAUCAAUGGUAUUGUUACAUAUUGGUUUAAUUUCGUUUUAUAAUUUUUAAACAUGCUCAAAGAUGUUAGUUUUGUUUUUUCAAGAUGAUACAUCUGUCAUGUUUAUUGGGCACAUACCCUAAUUGCUUUUGUUAACAUCUUCACAAUGUAAUAAUGUUUUAAUAGGUUGAGCUGUUCAUAUUUAAUGAAUAAUACCAUUAAUUGUACGAUUCAAUGUCAUUGUGUUUUUAAUUUCAAGCAUCAACAAGUUGUUUAUAGAUGUUCAAUAUAGACAAAGGUAUGCAUGUUUAGUUUACCAAAACCAACUGUGCCAUAUGCGGUGAAAUCCACAGCUGUUUAGUAUUGAUCUACAUCAUGCAUCAACUGAAGGGCAUCAUGAUAAAAUGUUAAGGGAUAUAUACAAAUGUAUAAAGGGAUUCUUGCAUUUAUUUUGUACUGUCGACUUUAUAACUUUCUAAAAGCUUUGAUGAAUUUUUACCCUUUCUUUUUUUCUUUUUUUUUUUAAUUUAGUCAUAUUACAUGUGUAUCAAGCAGUGAGAGUGAUUAAGCCUUGAUAAUAUAAUAAUAAAGACAUAAAAUGCAAUAUAUUUAACACUCCUCAGUGCAUCUACUAUUUUAUUUUUUAAAAAAGCAAAACGAUUAAAUUCAAAUUAGUAUUUGUUUUAUCAAUAGCUUUAUAUUAAAUGUUUGGGAAUUUAU